AUGGAUGAGUACGACGAGUGGCUGAACUGCUCGUGGAAGGCGGGCUACAAGUCGAACUCGAGCGCGCCGGUCUGCCCGUGGCUGGCGCAGUCGCGGCCGUACCAGCUGCACUGGGCGCUCAAACUCGCCUGGAGCCUGCUGUACGGCACUAUGCUACUCGUCGCUGCCGCCGGCAAUGCCACCGUCAUCUGGAUCGUGCUCGCACACCGGCGCAUGCGCACGGUAACCAACUACUUCCUGGUGAAUCUAAGCGUGGCCGACCUGCUGAUGGCGCUGCUCAACUGCGCCUUCAACUUCGCCUUCAUGCUCAACUCUGACUGGCCGUUCGGGGUCGUCUACUGCUCGGUCAACAACUUCGUUGCCAACGUGACCGUCUCCUCCAGCGCCUUCACGCUCGCUGCCAUAUCUCUCGACAGGUACAUGGCGAUCGUGAAGCCGCUGCAGCACCGCAUGACGCGGCGGAGGGCCCUGCUGGCCCUACUGGCAGUGUGGAUGGCCAGCGCCCUGCUAGCUGCUCCCUGUCUUGUCUUCUCCACCACCAACGUCCGCACGUAA